CAAAUGUCAAGCUAAAUGCUAAAUCCAUUUCCUUUGUUGAAAAUUAUAAUAAACAAAACCCAAACAAAUUUAUUUAAAUAAAUUGUGUUUUGUUCUCUUAAAACUCAAUUACCAACUUACAAUGGCAAAUACAAACACAGAUCUUACCGAAGAAGACGCCGCCGACUUACAAUUCCCCAAAGAAUUCGAAAACGCUGAAACGCUUCUGAUCUCCGAAGUCCACAUGCUGUUGGAACACAGAAAGGCUCAGAACGAAUCGGCCGAAGAUGAGCAAGAAUUUUCUGAUGUCUUCAUGAAAACUCUGACCUACACCGACCGUUUCCGGAAAUUCAAAAACAAGGAAACAAUUUCCGCUGUCAGAAAUCUCUUGAAUCAGAAAAAGCUGCACAAAUUCGAAUUGGCCGCCAUCGCCAAUCUUUGUCCCGAGACUGCUGAGGAGGCCAAAUCUUUAAUACCAUCUUUGGAGGGUCGGUUCGAAGAAGACGAGUUGCAAGCUGUUUUGGACGACAUUCAGACCAAAAGAAGCAUUCAAUAUUGAUUUUUUUUUUGUGUAUUAAAUAUAAAUAAAAUCAUUUAAAAUUUACUCAAUAGUAGGCCAUGGACUAACCCAAACUGUCAAAAUAUUUUUUUUUUCUACAAUUGACAUUAGUUUAAAAUUUUCAACUCAAAAACCAAUAAAUAAAAUGUUAUUUAUCAAUAGUGUUACUUUUGGUUUAUAAAAAAUGGCGUCUGCAGGCCACAAAAGGCUCUAAAUGAUACGUUUCGUUAAUCAUAGUAGGCUCUAUCAUCUGUCAAAAAAAAAGCAAAUUGAAUUUUUUUUUUUUAUCAAGUUGAGUUCACUGGCAAAACAAGUAGAAUUCCAUGGCCAAGAAUUUGACAUAAGUAAAACUAAAAAGAGAUAAAGAUAGUGUAGGAAACAAUAAAUGAUUAAGAGUAGAUCCUCAAAACAAACCAUUAAAACAUCCAGGGUGUCUCUUUUUGUCGCAUUGUUAUAGAAAAAGAUAGCUAUGUAUGAAUGCAAAUCGAUCAAUGGUUGAUCAAUGAUUAGAAUUGUCUAUUGUUGUUGCAUUAUUAUAGAAAAAGACAGUUAUAUAAUAUAAUCAAUAACAAUUUUCUUUUGACGUCAUCAGUGAACUCAAGCUGCAACGCAAAAAUUAAUCGAAUUUUAUAUAUAGGCAUAGUGCAUCUCAAAAUAAGCACGAAUCGAUUGAUUUUUCCCGAAACAAAAUAUUAUUUCUGGGAUCUAAAAAUAUCCAUCCGGGACCGCAGAUUCCCUAAUCGAUUUGGCC